AUGUCACAAGAUUCAGCUGAGGCGGGACAUGUGCAGAUCUGGUUUCAGUACAAAGGAGACCGCGCGAGUGCUCUGCAGCGAACACCUCGUAAAGAACAAACGGAUGAGAAGGUUCCUCUACUCGAAACCCUAGCAAUAGAAGAUCUCCGCAUUCUAGACCUUACCCUCUCCGGCGUCUCCUACAGCACCGUGGUGAAUUGGGGAACCGGGCAGCUCCGUUUGAUCAACAAGAGCCCCAUACCUCUCACCCAAGUCAGACAGUUGCAAGUGGCUGUCGGACGCGUGAACGCGCGCGAGAAUGAGAAGUCAGCACGAUCAAUAGCCCGCAUUCAAUGCAAGAUAGAUAAUGGAACUCGACAAGCCCUUGAAACACAGUUAGGGAAAUAUAAUAAUGACUCCAUCUGCACAGGUGUAUCAAGAUCUGGAGCUCCCAUCUUGUCACGUAUGGAAACGCGGGCGAAAGCAGCCGCGCUCACGAGGACUGCGGGCCUUCAAGCUUCCUCCGCAGCGGUUGCGGACCUGCCACCUCGACCAUCGCACGCUCUGAAGGCCGGUGUGGGUAUGUCCCAGAUGGUGUAUCCGGCACAACGGCCGCCGAGUGCGGCGCCGCAGACAGCCUACACGCUCGUCCGCCCGCGAGUAGAUGCCAGUGUACAAACAACCGACUACUUUGAAAGCCAGAUAGCUGUAUUACGUGCGCACCUCACACGUGAGGUUGAGCGCAGCAAGAACCUGGAGACGACGCUCCUGUCCGAGCGACAGGAACAUCAGGACGUGCGGAGUGCACUUGAGGCAGAGCGCGUGCAGCGCGAGGCGGCGGAGACGGAGCUAAGGGCCGCAGAGGCUGCUCUUACUGAGUCACGUGCGCACUGCGAAAAUCUUGAAAAGGCGAUAGAUCUGGAGAGGGUGCGGUGUGAGACGGUGGACUCAGCAUGUGUGGACGAGCGUGGGCGGAGAGAGCAGGCAGAGGCGGCGGUAGAGGCGGAGCGUAGGUGGAGGCAACAAGCAGAGGCUAUGCUUGAGGAGGUGCGGAGGGAGCGGGCCGCACCGUUUGUGGUCCCAGCGAUAAUGGAUGCGUUUGUGAAGCUGGUGCAGCUUAGCGAUGCGGUAGCGAAUGCUCCGGAGGACGGAGGGAAUUGA